CUGCCCGAACACCCCAUCACCCCCAAUCACGUAAGACUGGAUACCAGGCUAGAGAAGGGCCUGACAAGGAAGUUCCUUGAGUACUUGUCCUCUGUAAAUUGCUGAGCAGGAACUAUUUGGAGAUGUAUAAAUUGAGGUAGUUCUGUUGCACGGCCCAGUACUUGUUGGAGAAGUGCCCGUGCCCACAUCUUUGUGAGCAGUCCGGUGUAGCAGCAGCGACUUUAUGUAAGUGCACCCUGGUGAGCUCUAGGCACGAUGGGUUUACCAAGCUGCAUCUUACUCCUAACGGGGAUUAUCUUCAGUCUUUCAAUACCUGUGCACCUCAAGCAGAAUCUGCAAGGUGACGCUUUCCAUGGGGAUGAGGAAAACGUUGAUGACCUUGAUGUACAGUUCGAUGAAGAUUUAAAUCUUCUAAAGGAUCGGAAUGCAUUUGAGAUCUUUAAAGAAGUCGACCCGACCCUCAGGAGAUUGUCCCUAUUGCGGCAGGUGUUCGGGGACGUCCCUCCUAACCAUGUCCUGCGCCGAGAUCUAUCAAGGAAAACGCGUGGAAUCAAACCUCUUCUACUCGGCGUGUUAGCUUGGCACAUCCUCCAGAAUUCAAAACGUCCUCCUCCACCAAAACCUGACACCACUCCCCCACAACUGACCCACUGCCCUUCUGUCGGGGACGUGGUGCUCUCCAGUGGUCAAACAACGGCCUGCAUCAACUUAGGCCAACCGACAUACAAGGAUGACCGUUCCCAGACAGUCAGGGUCAUAAAGAACCGUAACGUGCCAUCUAAUGGUUGUUUUCCUGAGGGACACUACACCAUUUCCUACAUCGCCCUGGACGACUCUGGCAACAGGAAUGAAGACUGCCAACUUCGGUUCAGUGUGAAAGACGUUCAACCACCAAAGUUCAUCAACUGCCCAGAUGACGUCAUUGCGUAUGCCGAGAGAAAUAAGGAUCACGUGAUCGUCACGUGGCCACCCCUACAGGCACGUGACAACUCUGGAGAAGAACCAAUCAUCACACAGAUUGACGGGCCACAGAACGGAUCUCUAUUGAGCACAGAUGGAAAGAAGCACAGAGUCCUGUACACGGCGAUGGACAAUCAGGAUAACCGAAACAAUUGCUCUUUCAGCGUCAUACCUCAAGCUAUAACAUGCGAGCCUCUGUACAUCAAUCAGCCCAAGUUGUCCAUCAGCUGCACAAAUGGCUUCAACUUUGGUUCCACCUGUAAGUUCGCCUGUGAGUCUGGCUACCCAUUGGUUGGGAUGAUGAAUACGUCAUGUGAACUGACGGGAGACAACACUCCACGCGGAAAGUGGAUUCCUGAACUGAAGGAGAAAAAUCCUACAUGCAAAGUGUUGAAAUGCCCCCCGUUACGGCUUCCGAAGAACGGUGCUAUCUCGUGUAGCGGGUGGGCCCUGGGCGAGACCUGUCAGCUACAGUGUGCAGACAGGUACGACAUCCCGUACAACAUGCCCAGUAACGGUCUCUGGGUCUGCUCAACUACCAACGGCGUCUGGGCGCCGGACGACCGGGUCCUGGAUUGUACACGCCGGAGGAACCCCAGGCGGCUGAGGCUCCCAGGAGAGCUGUACUACUACAGCGGCAGCUGCGGUGAUCUGGGCUCACUACAGGAGAUACGAGAGAACUUCAUCAAGGCUUUGAACAUCUCUGCUUACUCCGAACUCUGCCUCAAGUUUACCGAGUGCACCGCAACAAACGUCAAUGUCACGUGCGGUCCUGUCACUCGCAGAGCCCGAGGUGUGCAAGCUGCGGCAAAAUACCGUGUCCGAAUAGGGUUCCAUUUACAGAUCACACCAUCAGAUGAGUCACUCCUCACACAGCAGGACAUGUACAAACUGGAGGAGACUCUGGACAUGAUGGCAACAACGGUUGAAGACGAAAUGAGAGAAGGGCGGUUCAAUUUGGACUCCGUGGGGGACAUGGCUUUGGAUUUGGAUGUAUACUCUGUGUACUUCGAUCAUCCAGAGAUGGAAUGCCCGUAUGGGACCGUGGCCCGCUACAGUUCACACUCAUGCGCCAGCUGUUCCACCGGGACGUUCUACGAUGGGACAGCUCAAGACUGUAUGGAGUGUCCCCGGGGACAGUACCAGGACCAGGAUGGACAGCUGCUUUGUAAAAGCUGUCCACCUGAUACAUCAACUGUACAGACAGCUGCAACCUCAGCACUUGACUGCAAAGGGUAUUGUCCACCUGGGAAGUACUCCGUCACAGGCCUCAAGCCCUGCUCCACAUGUAAAGUCAACACUUACCAGCCUGAAGCGGGCAGGACAUUCUGCCAUCCCUGUCCGAAUGAGACUGUAACAACGUAUGCGGGGGCAACGUCGUCCAAAGAAUGUUAUGAGCCAAUACCUCCUGACGGCUGUACAGACUGUGGCACUGGUCUGGACAGCACGGUGCAGAGCGAUGUGGCGGAUACAGACGGAUGCAGUGAGGACAUGUGUCAAAAUAACGGAACGUGCGUGGAUGGAGCGGUGUGCCAAUGUCCGGACGGGUUCAGCGGUGAUUUCUGUGAAGCAAAACAAGUGUUACUUGUGGCUCUGGGAUACAAACUCGUCAACGUCACUGUGCAUGUCCGCCCCCUGGUGAUUUUAGGAAGAACUGCAUCGGCGAUAAGAUGGAGGUCCGUGUUUGCAAGAGAAAGAAGUGUCCAGGAACCUCUGCUAAACUACGAAUGUGGGGAGAGAACAGGUUACAUGUGGCCGCAUCAAAACGCACUGAAUCCAGACGGAAAGCUACCAGCUUGUGGACGUGUUACGCUUCCCCGGCGCAUCUCGCUUCACUACGAGUUCCGGUACCCUAACCUGCCGUGUGAAGCAGCUCUGGUAGAGACAUUUCCAGCCGGUCCUCUGCCUUGUGUCACAGAAGGACGAUGUAAACAAGCCGUGACAGUGACGUGUAACCAUGACUCCAGUAGGACCACGCCCGCUUCAGUGAUGCUGUCAGUCACUGCAGAUGUACCUGAAGCGCUGGACCAGUAUCUGUGGCAAUCUGAUGACAUUGAAGAUGGGGAACUGGACACUAGACUGGCUGCUGCUUUGGAUGGCUUUAAGCCAGUACUUCGUGGCGUGGAAGAGGUUCUCUCGAUUGUUACAAGUGAUAAGUAUGUCAUUAACGUUAAUGGGACGGUGUACCGCGCUGAGGCGGAACCUGGACAACCAACAACGACGGUGGAAUGUCCUAUCGGAACUGUCAGGCUGGUAGUUCUCUGUGUGACGUGUCCACCCGGUACGUUGUACAACAGUGGCAGCUGCCAGGAGUGCCCCCUAGGGUCGUAUCAGGAACUGCAGGGCCAGACCCAGUGCCAGUAUUGUCCUGCCGGUCAAACUACACUCGGAAUGGGAACGGUCAGCGAGGCUGACUGCGUUUCCGAGCCGUAGAAUUUUGAACAGACGGCUAAAUUCAUUCUGGAAUGCAACUUUCUGUUGUCUGAUUGUAAUUAGAACGGGCAAAAUUUUCUGAAAACUUCUUUUUUUUAGGUAAGACUUCUUCCCACUUUCAGAACAAAUUCUUCUUCGAUUAGAGUAUAAUAUGUAUCCCUUAAAAAUGAUGGUUUGCAAAAUAAAGCCAUGAAUAAUAAGUAAUCAAGACAUGAUAUAACUUGUUAUACAUUGUUUUACAACGUAAUUGUUAACUCUAUGUGCUUUAUUUAACAUACAUUUCAAACAAGUUCUAUUAUUAUUUGUUAAUCUACACAGUAGAG